CGACGAUGGAGGAGGAGGAGGUCCUGACGAGGAGGAGGAGGAGGUCCCGACGAGGAGGGAGAGGAGGUCCCGACGAGGAGGAGGAGGAGGAUGUCCCAACGCGUAGGAGGUCCCGAUGGAUUCGGAGGAGGUCCCGAUGGAUUCGGAGGAGGUCCCGACGAGGAGGAAGAGGAGGUCCCGAUGAUGAGGAGGAGGAGGUCCCAACGAGUAGGAGGUACCGAUGGAGGAGGAGGUGCCGAUGGAGGAGGAGGAGGUCCCGACGAUGGAGGAGGAGGAGGAGGAGGAGGAGGAGUAAGAGGAGGAGGUCACGGUGGUAGAGGAGGGGGAAGAGGAGGAGGAGGAGGUCCCGACGAGGAGGAGAGGAGGAGGAGGAGGAGGAGCAUGAGGUCCCGACGAGGAGGAGGAGGAGGAGGAGGAGGUCCCGACGAGGAGGAGGUCCCGAUGAGGAGGAGGAGGAGGAGGAGGAGGAGGUCCCAACGAGGCGGAGGAGGAUGGGGAGGAGGACGAGGAGGGGUCCUAAUGGAGGAAGAGGUCCCGAUAGAGGAGGAGGAGGAGGUCCCGACGAUGGAGGAGGAGGAGGAGGAGGAGGUCCCGACUAGGAGGAGGAGAUCCCGACGAGGAGGAGGAGCAGUCCCAACGAGUAGGAGGUCCCGAUGGACUCGGAGGAGGUCCCGAUGGAGGAGGAGGAGGUCCCGACGAGGAGGAAGAGGAGGUCCCGACGAGGAGGAGGAUGAGGUCCCGACGAGUAGGAAGUCACGAGGAGGUGCCGAUGGAGGAGGAGGAGGUCCCAACGAUGGAGGAGGAGGAGGAGGAGGAGGAGUAAGAGGAGGAGGUGGUAGAGGAGGGGGAAGAGGAGGAGGAGGAGGAGGAGGAAGAGGAGGAGGAGAAGGAAGAGGAGGAGGAGGAGGAGGAGGAGGAGGUCCCAACGAUGGAGGAGAAGGAGGAGGACAAGAGGAGGAGGAGGAGGAGGAAAACAGGGUCUCCUUCAAUGCCUUUCGCAACGAGGCAUGGACGGCAUAUGUCCAGGUGCUUCUUCAGCAGCUUGGGAGUUCGCUGCGUGCUGUGCUACCCAGCCACAGCGGGAUUGCGAGCAUGCAGACUGUGGAGACCCACCGUGCGGAGUUGGCAAAGGAAUUGGAGGAGGUGAGGCAGCCAUUCUGGGUGACCGGUGCCGCCAUCCUCUCCCGUGAGAGGAAAUCACGAGACGGGAGACCGAUCGUGAAUUUCCUUGCCGCAGGCUCGCGAGGGGUCGCCAUGUACACGACAAUCAAUCGAGAGGGGGAGACGGACGAUGCAAAGCACGUCCUUCCGAGAUGGGUCACCAUCUUCCACGAGUUCAGGUUCGGUGGACCGCAGCGGGGAGGGGCAGCCCGGGCGGAGGAGGAGGUCGAGGCAGCAGCAACAGUGGAGGAGGAGGUAGCUGUAGCAGAGGAGGAGGUACCAACAACAACAGCAGCGGAGGAGGAGGUGUCAACUGCAACAGUGGACGGCGAGAUGGCAACAACGACAGCAGCGGAGGAAGAGGUAGCGGCAGCGGCAGCGCUGCCAGGCGUUAAUAUGGCGCAUGAUGGUGUGGACGACAUGGAGGGCAGUGAGGACGCCACGGAGCACCUCAUGCAACAGUUUAUCACGAAGGAGCUUGAUCUAGUUCUGGGAGGUUUCACCCCGGAUGUAGCGAGGGGGUUGGGGAUGUCUCCUCCCACAGGGUGGUCAGGUUCAGAGAUGGGGACCCACUUCGACUUUGAUAUGUUGAUGGGGGCUCUCCGUAGUUGCGGCGGGGCAACAUCAACGGAUUGGGCGCCAUCGAGAGACGAGGCGGCAGGCGAGAUGGGGACGCAGACCCCGAGAAAGACAACGGCGACGGAUUUUCCAGAUGCGGCACGCGACAUCAUGGAGCGAGAGAGGGAUUGACUAAUGGCAUCCAGCGACCAUGUGCUCAAGCGUUCGCACAGGCCUUGGAGGAGCGCAGGCGUCGAGA